AUGUUCAAUACUCAAAUCUUUCAAUGGAAAUCUUUUCUCAUCUUGUUUUUCUCAAUUCUUUUUCUUUUGUUCAAUUUUCGAAGAAUUUUUCCCCAGAAACUUUUUCGAGAAAGUCGCUCAGAUGUGAAAUAUAUUCGAUCACCAUUCGAUCGAACAUUAGCAUUUAUUCGAUGGAAUUCUGCUCAUAUUCAACGAAUUCCAUUAAUAGAAAAAUAUCGUCCAUUUUUCAAUGAAUUACAUUAUUCAAUUCCAUCAUUUACAAAUCAAGUCAAUUUAACAGCAGAUGGAUUAAUUAAAUAUGAUUUUCCUUAUAAAAUGGUCAGUGAAACAAUGGAAAUUAUUUUAAAUGGAACUUAUUCAUCGAUUCAAGGAAUUCUUUUCUUUCAUUUUGAUGCGUGGAUAAAUCCAUUUAAAUUUGUUGGAAUGAAUUUUGAAAAUAUUUGGUUUCUCGAUUCCACUGUUCCUCCAUUUAUUUGUAUGAAAAGUGAAAAGGAAAUCUUUUGGUGGUCCGAUAUAAAUGGUCUUCAACGAAUUUCUCAAAAAGCGAGAAAACUUUUAGAAGAAAAACAUCCGAAAAAAUAUUUCAUUAAAGAUGAAAAUGAAUUUUGUGUCGGUUGGUCGGAUAUUUAUUAUAUUCCACGAAGAUUUUUUCGUGAUUUUAUUCUUUUAUCGAAUAUUUAUCAUUCGGCAGGAACAUUUCAUGAAAUAGCGAUUCCAACAAUUGUGAAAAUUAUCGAUUUUACUUAUCGUUUAUCAAAUUCUCAUUCAAUUAUAACAAAAAUUUCGGAUUGUUGGGGAAAUUGUUGUAGUUCAGGAGCCAAAUCAAUUGAUUUACAAAUGAGAAGAUGUGGACAUCGAAUGGAUUUGAAUAACGAAAUUAUUCAAAAGACUUUUCUUCAAUCUUUACAAUCUCAACUUUCUCUUAUCAACAAAACUUUUUCAUAA